CGUCUAUUUUUCUUUAAACCUAUAAACCAAAAUGUCGGCUAAAGCUAAAGACAAGAAGAAGGGAGGCACAAAGAAGAAGGCACAAAGAGCGACAUCUAACGUUUUCGCUAUGUUUGACCAAGCACAGAUUCAGGAAUUCAAGGAAGCUUUCAACAUGAUCGACCAGAACAGAGAUGGAUUCAUCUCAAAAGACGACCUGGCAGCCACUUUUGACUCGCUGGGCAAACUCGUCAAAGAUGACUACCUAGAAGAAAUGUUAAACGAAGCUAGUGGUCCGAUCAACUUCACAAUGUUCUUGACGCUUUUUGGUGAAAAAAUCAGUGGUACAGAUCCCGAAGAUGUCAUAAAAGCUGCUUUCGCCUCAUUUGAUAUUGACGGAAAAGGCUUCGUCGAUGAGGAAAAAUUAAGAAGACUAAUGCAAGGCUUGGGAGACCGCUUCACUGAUGACGAAUGGGACAUGAUGAUGGACGACUGCCCGGUUGAUAGUAAUGGCAUCCUCUACAACGACUUCGUCCAUCUCAUCAAGUACGGCCCCAAGGACGACUAACCAGCCCAGCUAUCAGACAUUAUUCUUUGUAUUAAUUUAGGUUAUUUUAUUAUAUUUCCAUGUCAUUAUUAUUAAUUCACAUGCUUCAUUAAUCGAACACCGAGCUCGGGGUUCCUGUGUUGACUAGUUCUAGUCCUACUCAGCCAUGUCAUCAAGAAAGAUGUACAAUGAUAAUAAUCUAACUCAUUAAAUGUUAUCGUAAGAUA